UUGCUGUCAGUGGGAUGGGGUUGUUUGUGACAAUGUGACGGCCCAUGUGCUUGAGCUCCAUCUUGCAAAUCCUCGACCUCUUCUGGAUGAUUAUGGCAGUGAUGCUGAAAAUGAAGCCACGGAGAGGUCUAAGCUAAGAGGUAAGGUAAACCCUUCUUUGCUUAACUUAACGCAUUUGAGUUAUUUGAAUUUAAGCCAGAAUGGGUUUGGAGGUAUUCCCAUUCCCGAAUUCAUAGGUUGUAUUGAGAGUUUGAGACACCUUGACCUCCCCAAAGCUGGAUUCGGAGGCCUGGUCCCUAAUCAACUUGGAAAUCUCUCGAGUUUGGAGUACCUUAAUCUUAGAGCAGAUAUUGAAGAUAAUCUCUAUGCUACCGAUCUCCAAUGGUUGUCUGGUCUUUCCUUGAUAGAACACCUUGAUUUGAGUGAUGUCGACCUUGCACAGGCUUCCAAUUGGUUGCAAGUACUGAACACACUUCCUUUCUUGAAAAAUUUAUAUUUGUCAGGUUGUCAGCUUCCACAAGUUCCUCCACCCACACAUCUUAAUCUAUCAUCUCUUGCAAUUCUUGACCUUUCUUUAAAUGAUAUUGAGAAUAGUUUGGGAGGAUCCAUAUUUCAUGGCCUUGUAAAUAUGACUUCCCUUAGACACCUUGAUCUUUCUAAUACCUUUUUAAUUCGUCGAUACCUGAGUCGUUGUAUAGUCUUGAUUCUCUCCAGUUUCUCAAUCUUGGCUCUAACAAAUUCCGAGGUAAACUUUCAAGUGCCAUAGGAAACAUGACUUCUGCCAUUGACCUUGACCUCUCAGAUAAUGAACUUGAAGGACCGAUUCCAAUAACAAUGGGAAAUCUUUGUAACCUAAAGUCAAUCGUUUUCUCAGAGCUUAACUUGAAUCAAGAUGUAUCAACCAUUUUAGCAGUUUUGUCUGGAUGUGUCUCUAAUCAAUUAGAUAAAUUGGACUUAAGUGGAUGUCAUCUGUCUGGUCAGUUAACCAAUCAACUUAGGAACUUCAAAAGUUUGAAGGAACUACAUUUGUCUGGAAACUCUGUCUCUGGUCCCAUUCCAAUCUCCAUUGGAGAGCUUUCUUCCUUGAGAGUCUUAGAACUUGAUCAGAAUCAAUUGAAAGGGCAGCUUCCCAGCUCCAUUGGAAAACUUACAAAUUUGGAAAUCCUUGAUAUUUCUACUAAUUUGUUGGAGGGUGUUGUUUCGGAAACUCACAUCGGCAAUCUUCCGAAAUUGAAAGUUUUUCAGGCUUCUAAGAACUCUUUUGUUUUAAGAGUCAGUCCUGAUUGGAUUCCUCCUUUCGAACUUGAACUCCUAGGAUUGAGGUCUUGGAAUGUAGGUUCAAUGUUUCCUUUGUGGCUUCAUUCACAAAAACAUCUAAGGCAUCUAGAUAUCUCUGGCUCAAGGAUUUCUGAUAGCCUUCCUGGUUGGUUAUUGAAUUUGUCCUCCCCAUUCCAAUAUUUGAAUCUCUCACACAACCAAAUCCAUGGGCAGAUUCCUGGUAUACCUUGGGCUAUGUCGGUUGAUUUAGUGAUUGACCUUAGUUUUAAUCUUUUGAGUGGCCCUUUAGCUCCAAUUUCUCCCAAUGUGUUUUUUCCAGACAUGUCAAAUAAUAAUUUGUCAGGAUCUCUUUCACCUCUUUUAUGUUAUAAGUUGAAGGAGACCAUGGGAACAGAAAUUCUUAAUCUUGGUGGAAAUGUUCUAUCUGGGGGGAUUCCAGAUUGUUGGCUGAAUUGGCAGAAUUUACUGGUCAUAAAAUUAAGUAACAACAGACUUAAUGGAAGCAUUCCAAGCUCAAUGGGAACUCUGCAGUCCAUUGUAUCAUUGCAUCUUCAGAAAAACCACCUGUCUGGAGAAAUUCCGUUGUCAUUGAACAACUGCACAGAUUUAAUCCUACUUGAUGCUGGUGAGAAUGAAUUGCAUGGGAGCAUCCCUCGAUGGAUAGGCGAUAGCCUUCGAAAGCUGGUAGUCUUGAGCCUUCGUUCGAACAAGUUUUCUGGGUACAUACCGGAUGAGCUCUGUGCUAUUGGUUCUCUCCAAGUCUUGGACCUUGCUGAUAACAAUCUCAUCGAAGUAUACCAAGAUGUGCACUUUUGUGGCGAUGAAGCUCCGUAUAUACAUUUUACAGUUUUAGUAAUGUGGAAACUCAUUAACCCUGUGAGGGGAAGUCUCAACGAGGAUUGCCAAACAGCGAUCAGAAAACAGAGAAGAUAUCUGAAGUGUUUUUUUACAAAACAUAUUUAAUUUAGGGUGAGUUUGGAUGUGCGGUGUUUUUAUUUACGGUUAGUGUAAAAACAACAGUGGCGGUGAGAUUAGAUACUGUAGCGUGAGACAAAAAGUAAGCUAAGUGUACCGCAUUCAAUUGCCGAUCCAAACCCACCCUUAAUUCUCAACGAUUAUUUAGAUUUAAAUAGGGUGAUUCAUAAAUUAUAAUUGUUUAAAUGUAUUUUGUAUAUGAAAGCUUAA